AUGGUUCGUCCCACUCAGCAGCCACCGCAGACCAAGGUGGCCGAGAAGCCAGCCUUUCGACGCAAUUCACCAUGGCCCUUUCUGUUUACGUUUUUCUACAUCGCCCUUCUCAUCGUUCCUUGGGUGUUCACAUGUUUGUUGAACAAAGGGAAAUUCCAUCUCAAACGACCGAAAACAAACUAUGGCUACCACAACCUCACCUUGCGUGCCCAGCCUAGAGAUAUCGAGUUCAACACCAACAUUGUGCACACGAUAGACGUCCUCAGCUAUAUCGCCGCCGUCGCCGCUAUGCCUGUCAUAUACGACUUACUCUCCAGGGCAGCGGCCGUAUACUCUCAACGGACAAGCCUCAGCAAACCUUUGUCCGCAAAGCAGCUGUUUAGCCUAGCUGAUGGGGGGUUUAUACGUCACUUGCGCAGUCCCUCUCGCAAAGGAACUUGGCACUACUUACUAGGUACGGGACUCGUUGUUCUUUCCAUCAUACAACUUCCAAUCAGAGCGAUCUUUGUGCGGCAAGAGACCAUUUACGUACCUCAGGGAGCCAUAUCCGAAACGAGAGGUUGGGACUGGCACAACAGCGUAGCCGGCUAUGAAUAUCUAAGUACCCCCGAUCACGCUGUAGGACAGUUGGUGGGAACUGACCCAGCUCCUGCUAUUCUUGCCGCGACGCCAAAAGACAUGGUGGUAGCCAGAACCAGGGGUACGUUGAAGUCGCUUGCGUCUGACGAGGUUUUAUUCAAUGCAUGGCGAGAUGGCCCGGAGGAGGGAAGUUGGGAGAAAAGGGUAUUUGCCAGUUCAGUCCCUAAAAACAGCGUCACCGGCAUUUGGCGACAGCUUGCAACGCGGAUCAACAGCACUUGCCACUGCGAACCAUCCGAGUUUCCCAGCCAAUGCGACGACGGUGGCCUUAACUACAAGAGCGACAAUCUUACAAUCGAGUUUUGCGUCGGAGGCCUGUUCCAGAAAAGCCCAUGGAAACUGGAGCAGUAUCUACGGGAGGACAUCACCGAGGAGUUCUACGUACGGCUCAGUGCAAAUAAAUCAAGAAUCAGCAACUCCUUGUUUCGCUCUGAGGAGAUUUAUCGUUGCACCGGUAACAGCAGUCUUGGCUACUUCGAACUGGGCAACCAGUUCAACAAUGGAAUAUAUGGCCCCUUGGUAUCUGCGCCAUACCGAACUUUAGACACCGCAGUUCAAGCUGGAUUCCACGCGGAUACUGAGAAUAGCUUUCCUCUUAGAUCUUACGCAAUACCUAAGACAAGUGACUUUAUGCCUGGUCCUCUAGGCCUGUCACUACUUGCACUCUUUGGACCCGGCUCCUUUCCCAAGGCAGCUGAAUCAAUCAGGACGGCAGACGAUGUAGCUUCACGCACUCUGUGUCGGACUUUGCCAUUCCACUUUGAGAAAUAUCGAGACAAGUUGAUCCAAAUUGACAGCAUUUAUCAAGAUGGCGACAUUCAUCCAAAUGUUUGCUCAGAUUUCAAGUGGACACGGGACCCAGAAACAGACAAACCUACGGGCGGACUUGAGUGGUAUAUGGAACCCGCAUGGCAAGAUGAAUACCUCCUUGAUUUCGUUGAGACCCUUUGUCUAGGCCGGUCCUCAUAUACCUUUUACAGCCCAUCACUCAGCUUUGGUGGAGAAAAUGCAAGCACGUGGCUUUCAAUGGCAAUGCACUACGCCAACCAGGGCUGGCUAGAUAUAGCAAGUUCGAACCGCCUCGAGGGCCCCGAAUACCUCGUGCUCUAUCCCACGUGUAUUUGGAACGUCCCAGGUCUCGAAUACAACAAACCGAGUGUUUCCACCGCAGGCGUGGUCGUUGUCAGCGUGUUGUUAGGGUUUCAAGUUCUGGGACUACUGUUUCUUUUGGGGUACAUUUACAGCACCCCGACCUGGACGAGUACUCUCGACUCGCUGGCCAUUGCACGCAUUGCAUACCAGUUGCCGGAUGAGGACCAAGAUCUACUCAAGACGAUCGGGCUACGUCGUGCGAGGAGCGGCGAGCUCAAAAAGCUCGGAGCCGGCGUCGAAGAAGAGGCAAACUCAAGCCUGCUUCCCACCAGGGACAACGUCAAAGAGGCCAAGGUCUCGGAGUCGACAGUCUAG